AAAGCUAAGACUCUACAUAUUGUUCCCUCAAACAUCGUAGUAGGUAGUGUGAACUCUGAAGAUACUUCUAACUAUCAUCAAUAUAGACUUAGGUCUUUAAAGGAUAAGGUUUUACUUAUUCGCUUCCUCGAAAAUAUGCUCAGCCGGAUGCGAUGUUUACCACCUUUACUAUCAUCUAACUUUGGACUAGAAAUAUUGAUGAGUAAUGAUGAAACAAUCGAUUUUGAAGAUUUCUUGAAUG